AUGAAUAGAAAUCUAUUGGAGAAAUCAAACAUUUCCGUUUGUCCUGGAAAGUAUUGUGGUUAUCAAAUUAAUAGUACAAAAUGUGGGGCGUGUCAGCGUGGAUAUCGUGUAAACAACGAAGGUGUAUGUCAAUUAUGUGAUGAAGCAUUGUCGUUGUACGAUUUUAUGUACAUUGUAUUUAUGGCGUUGUUGGCGUUGAGUUUUCAUUGGUAUUUUAUUAAUCGAUUACAAAAGAAAAAACAACGAGAAUUCACUUUAGUCAAACAAACGAUUCUUUAUUUUUUGUCGAUAUUGGAGAUUCUCCUGGCGUUUAUUUUCACGUUGUUAACAUUUCCACCACUUGGUAAAUUGACCAUGAAUGUAUGUCAAGUGAAAUUACUCAGUGAUUUUUAUCCCAUGUUUCAUAAUCCAAUUGUAAAUUAUCGAAAAAAGCUACGUUGCUCUUAUGAAGUGGUCUAUCCAUUGCAAAGUGCAAUUUUUGUUUUAUAUACAUAUGCCAGUUUAAUCAUGUUGUUAAUUCGACCAUUUUUCCUUUCGAUUAUUCACCAAAAGUUCAUUUCGGCGUCGAUUUAUAGUGCUCUUCAUUUUUAUCCAUGUCUACUGAUCUUACACGCCCUAUGCGGUGGACUUAUUUAUGUUUCCUUUCCAAUUUUGACCAUAAUUAGUACUGUACUACUGAAUGCCAUUCAUUUCACUCUGAUUGCUAGUGGCGAAAAUGAAUGGAUUCCAUUUGUCAGGAAGCUUUGUGGAAAUGUUCAGAAUUGGAUCAUCUAUCUCGUUCAUGUGAUCAUUCUUCUUUGUGGUCUGAUCAGUUUAACACAAUUUGAAAACGAAUAUCACUUGGUCAUGUUGCCUACUGUUUUUUUACCAGGUUUACUGUAUAUUUUAUUGUAUAAAUUCACAGCAACAAGUACAAUACGAAUGGUGACCGAUUUGAUUAAAAUCCCUUGUGUGAGAAAUCUAGUUUUUCGUGAUCAUCUACAAGCGUAUCCGGAAUCGAUCAUUAAUGUUACGCUACACAAUGUUAUCGUUACACAUAAACAACCUGAUGGAAAUUACAAAGAACUAUGGAUAUUUUAUACGAACAUGGACGCUAUUCAACCGAAAUUUCCAAUGAAAACUGAAUUUCGUUCUCAAUUACCAUUGUCACCCUCGCUUGCUUCUGUCUAUACGAUAGUUCUUCGCCUGAAAACGUUGGAGACAUGUUAUUUUGACGUACCGGUUUUAGAUGAUGCAAUAAAACUAGCCGAAUCUUUAGAUGCGCUUAUAGCAAAUACAGAUGGACUGACAUGUGAUGUGACAUUUUUAUUUCCAUUUUGUUUUUCGCGCGAUUUUGAUGUCAUUCAAGAUGGUUGGACAGCUUUUUCUGUCGAGUCGGAAUAUAGUCGAUUACAAGCAAUAAGUGACGAAUGGCGUAUCAGUGACGUCAAUAAAGACUUUGCGAUAUGCGAAACCUAUCCAGAACGUUUAGUAGUUCCAAAAUCAAUCAGUGAUGAUUAUCUUAAACGUUCAGCUGCAUUCCGUGCUCAUAACCGUUUUCCACUUCUAUGUUAUCUACACAAAUCAUCUAAGUCAUGUAUUAUUCGAAGUUCUCAACCGUUAGUUGGUCCGAGUGUUCGUCGAUGUAAGGAGGAUGAAAGUGUUGUCAAUGCAAUGCUUACUCAACGAAAUAAGAAAGGAUGGAUACUUGACACACGUCAUCCGAAUAUUAUCAAAAGCGCGCAGAGCAAAGGUGGUGGAUGUGAACCGGAUCAGUAUUAUGCACUUUGGAGACGUCUGAAUUGGAAUUUAGAAAAACACAAUCUUUUACAGGAAUCAUUCAUGAAACUAAUGGAUGCAUGCAUUGAUCAGUCGGAAAAAGAUCGAUGGUUAUCAAAGUUGGAAGGUAGCAAUUGGCUGCUUCACGUCAAAGAAACGUUAAAAACUGCAUGCACGGUCGCACAAACAAUAGAUUGCGAAGAAACGUCGGUUCUUGUUCAUGGUAGCGAUGGAUGGGAUACAACAUUACUCGUCACAAGCUUAGCACAAAUUUUACUUGAUCCUGAUUGUCGCACCAUAACAGGUUUUGAAGCGUUGAUUGAACGCGAAUGGAUUCAAGCUGGUCAUCCAUUUCGUACACGUUGUACACGAUCUGCAUUUGGCCGAAGUUCACAUGGGUAUGAAUCACCGAUAUUCACCUUGUUUCUUGACUGUACUUGGCAACUUUUACAACAAUUUGCUUGUUCGUUUGAAUUCAAUGACACAUUACUAAUCGAGUUAUUUGAACAUGCAUAUUCAUCAAAAUUCGGCACGUUUAUUUUCAAUAAUGAAAAAGAGAAGAAGAAAUACAACGGAAUCAAACAAACAGUAUCACUUUGGUCUUAUUUUAAUCGACCUGAGAUUCUUCAUACAUUCUUGAAUCCAUUCUAUGAACCAAAUCCAAAUGUCUUGUGGCCGAGUGUUGCCGCGCCGAGUAUUGUUCUAUGGCGUAGUUUAUAUCUACGUUUUUAUGAGAAUCAAACUCCGCAGCGUGAAGCUUGGGAUGAAUAUUUAUUAAUCAAAGAAAAAGAAAUGCAACUUCGUUCGUAUGUCAAUAAACUUCGACAAGAAUUACUCGAAUUGGAACGGAAAUGUACAGAAAAAGCCAGCAAUACAACAAGUAUAAUCAAAACAGAAAAAGAUCCGGUAACAAUAUAG